ACAGCUCCUUUCUACAACGCCAGAAGAUUUUCAAUCACAUAAAUCAAGGAGUAAUCAUGGAUUUCUACUCUGUGAACUGAUGGUGAAAAUCAGAGAGAUCAAAAACAUCUCUCCAGAGAACCCUCCUUCAGCAGUGCAGGACUCAAAGCAGCGUCCUACUAUGGAGAACGUGACUAUCAGCGCGGCCACUAAUUUCACCAACAGUCAACCUUUGGCCAACAUGCCUGAGAAUUCUUUGGAAGUCCAGGUCAUCACCAUUUUCCUUUCACUGCUGAUCUGUGGUGUGGGAAUAGCUGGCAAUGUUAUGGUGGUCUUGGUGGUUCUCCGAACCAAACAUAUGAUGACUCCGACCAACUGCUAUCUGGUGAGCUUGGCCAUUGCAGACCUCAUCGUUCUCCUGGCUGCUGGACUGCCCAACAUCUCAGAGGUGGUUUCAUCUUGGAUCUAUGGCUAUGCUGGCUGCUUGUGCAUAACCUACCUGCAAUACCUGGGCAUCAAUGUUUCCUCUUGCUCCAUCACGGCUUUCACCGUCGAACGCUACAUUGCGAUUUGCCACUCCAUAAAGGCACAGUUCAUAUGCACAGUGUCAAGAGCCAAGAAGAUCAUUGCCUGUGUUUGGAUUUUCACCUGCAUCUACUGUAUUAUGUGGUUUUUCCUCGUUGAUACACACGAGAUGGUUUAUGCUAAUGGGAUCAUUGUCAGAUGUGGCUACCGGGUCUCAAGGAACCUCUAUAUGCCAAUUUACUUUUUGGACUUCACACUGUUUUAUGUGAUUCCCCUCAUUGUGGCUACUGUACUCUAUGGGUUGAUUGCCAGAAUACUGUUCAUGAACCCACUGCCCUCAAAUUUGUCAGAAAGAGGAAAUGAUUCCAUCCAUCAGGGACGGACAAACAGCACAGUGAAGGUCUCCUGCAAGCCAAACAAGGGUGCAGUGUCCUCCAGAAAACAGGUUACGAAGAUGCUGGCCGUAGUGGUGGUGCUGUUCGCCUUGCUGUGGAUGCCAUAUCGCACGCUGGUGGUGGUGAACUCGCUCAUGGACCCUCCAUACCUGGAUGCCUGGUUCCUGCUCUUCUGCCGUAUGAGCAUCUACACCAACAGUGCCAUCAAUCCCAUCAUCUACAAUGCCAUGUCACAGAAGUUCCGCACAGCCUUCAAGAAACUCUGCCACUGUGAGGGACCUGGAGGGAAGGAGAAGGAAGCAAAGUUCAGUGUCCCUGUUUACUACAGCGUCAUCAAAGACUCGUCCCGUGAAAGCCCCGAAUAUGACACGGAGCAGGAAUUCGUCAGCACCUACACUGUCCCUGCCAGGAGGGUGAACUUUUCAGCUCAGGCAGGAGGAGGGGACACCGCAACCAUGUUUAGUAUUGCUUGAAACAAGCUGAGAGAUGGAGAGGAGGACACAGUGUUCUCUGAGUUAGGGGGGAGGGCUAUGUCUGGUGGGCUUAAGGGAGGUAAGGUCUUAUAGACACUCAUUAUGGGGAUUUAAACAUUUGCCAAUUUUAACUGGAUCUCUGGAUCUUGGUGGUACAAAUACUUCUAUUAAAACAGGACAGAACAUUAAGUAAGUACAUUAAGUGAAAUGAUUACUAUGUAUGGGCAAAAGAGAUGGGCGAAAACAUAUUAUCUCAUGCAAAAAGUCAGUAUAAGCGUCAACAACACAUACAUUGUUUAGGUUAUUUAACAGCUUUCAAAACCACAAUAAACCGCAACACUAAUGAAUGCCCAAAACAGUAAAUGUGAGAUCCUUAAUCAAAGGUUUGAUGACAUGCCACAUGUCUCCAGCAUUUUAUUGUGGCUUCACCUCUGCAUGCUGUUAACCAUUUUAGCCCUGAUAAAACCUUAGAAUGCAUGUGUGCACAGACAGAAAAAUGUGCAUGGGAUCAUUUUCAGUUCAUAGUCAUAAACUGGAUGAUUUACAGUGCCAGCUAGAGAAAAGAGACUGCCAAGCUGGAAGUCAACCCAGUAAUGCUUAUUCUUUUGAAAUCUGAUGAGAAAAUGGUCAAACAAAACAAUGCCUUCAAAACGUUAAGAGUCACAGUAUCAUAUCAGUUCACAUCAACUGUAAAAAAUGACCAUGAUGAUAAGUGUAAUGUUUGGUGGCAAGCCAUUAUUCUAUAGGAAUAUGAAAGAUACUGCCAGUGUUACCAGGACAUGUGCAGCACUUUUAUGGUGUGAUUUUUUUUCUUCUUCUUUUUUCCAGAAUCAAAAGCAUUUACGGAAAAGGUGUUUAUAAGUUUUUGUUGAAAUGCAUGAAUCUCUCAUUAGCACAACCUCACAUGCUUAUUGUUUGCAAAAGCAUGACAAGUCCAUGUAAAUGUUUUAAAACAAGCUACUGACACAUCACACCAAACUGACUUCAAACUGCUGCUGACUUGUUUAACCCUGAAUGUAGCCCCUGCAGCAUGAACCCUGAUAAGCUGAAGGGUAGGAGGUCAGCAACAGCUGAUGUGGAUAACUGUGUUGAAAAGCUAUUGCCUCUAUAACAGUGAUGAGAGCAUUUACACUAGCGUUGACACUAAAAACCACCAAUGCACUUUGGAGCUGUGCAUCAAGAGUUUAUGGGUCAAUCUGUUAAAGCUGAGAAAUUUAUGCUUGGGGGGAAUCACUCAGUUUUUGACACAUUUGAAGAGAAUAGCUGCUACUUAUGAUAAUUGUAUAUUGCUCAAAUGUCUUAACUUUUAGCUGUUGAAGCUUUUUGUUAUUACAGUUAUUGUGAAAUGGAGGUAAAUAUUGUAGUAUUUAUAAUGAAUAUAUAU